AUGAAGCCGUCACUGCCAAUCCCGUCCCCGAGCCUGUCAUUCUGGCACCGCACAACACGUGCAUUUCCCCACUUAAAUGCAAACUGCCAAGCCAACGUUCCUGCUUCCGUCAAGUUCCUGAUAAUUGGCUCUGGCAUUGCAGGAUCGCUGACCGCCUGGAAGUUGAUUGAAAGUGGUGUCAAGGGAGAAGACAUUGUGAUCCUCGAAGCUAGGGAGGCUGUCUCUGGUGCUACGGGUAGAAAUGCGGGACACAUUCGGCCCGACGCUUUUCGUGGCUUUCCUGUUUUCUCCGCAAUCCACGGACCGGAACAAGCCAGAAAGAUUCUCGAAAACGAGAUAGUCGUCCUUGAGGAAGUGAAAAAGUUUGUGGAAGCAAACAAUAUCGCUUGCGACUUCAACUACACGAGUACAUAUGACGUUUGCCUUUCGCAAGAAUUCGCAGACCACCAGGCUAAAGGUAUCGCGCAAUACAAGGCUGCUGGCGGAGAUGUCUCCCACGUCAAAUACUACGAGGGCGACGAAGCGAAAGCCAAGACGAGGAUCCCCACCGCCCUUUCCGCAUACGAAUGGCCUGCCGCAUCGAACCACCCUGCCAAGUUGUGCCAGUGGAUUCUGAACGAUGCCAUCAGCAAAGGAUGCAGGCUCUGGACGCAUUGCCCGGCAACGAAGGUUGUCAAGCACCAAGGCCCAGCUGAGACCGGCUUGCGAUGGGACGUUCACACACCUCGUGGUAUCAUCUCCGCCAAGACGGUCAUCCACUGCACCAACGCCUACGCGGCAGCACUGCUCCCGGAAUUGGCCGACUUCGUGACGCCGCGUCAGGCGCAAGCUCAGUCCUUCGUCCCGACUCCUUCCAUCUCUGGCGGAUCUAUUUUCAAUCACACAAUGUCUUUGAGAUACGGUCUCCACUGUUUCUUCUCGUUCCACCAGCGGCAGACCGACGGUAUGAUCAUUUUUGGAGGAACGGGGAGCAGGGAUCCUAAAACGCCGUUCGACCAAAUCACGUUCGAUGACUCCAGGUUCAGCGAUGAGAUUUUCAGGAACAGCGCGAAAGAGUUCUCCGACAUGGCGCGGUCACCCACGCUUCGACAUGGAGAAGGCUUUGAUCAUUCUUGGACUGGAAUCAUUGCGAUGACUCCUGAUUCUGUGCCAUUGGUCGGUCCUGUUGAAGGAUGUGAGGGUCAGUGGAUCUGUGCUGGGUUUAACGGUCAUGGUGAGUAUUAA